AUGUCAUUUGCUUCAGAUAUUGUGUCUAGAACUAAAUGGGGAGCACGAGACCCUAAAGAGACCGAAACAAUGCAGACUCCGGUGAAGAUAGUCUUCAUCCAUCACACAGCUGGUAAACCUUGUACAACACCGGAGGAAGACAUUAAAACCGUGAAAGGGAUACAGAAUUUUCACAUGGACGAACGAAAAUGGGCUGAUAUAGGAUACAACUUCCUGGUAAAUAACUCUGGUCAGGUGUUUGAGGCAAGAGGCUGGGACCGAGUCGGUGCUCAUACGAAAGGCUGGAACGCCGCUUCAGUUGCAUUCUCUGUAAUUGGAAACUUCAAUGAGUCUAACCCGGACCAAAGGGCUAUCAAGGCAGUGUUAGGUAUGAUUCAGCUGGGCGUAGACAAAGGCAAAAUUUCGAAUGACUAUAAAUUGUAUGGACACCGGGAUGUUGGCGCGACAGACUGUCCCGGAAAAAACCUUUAUGAAAUUAUCAAAAAAUGGAAACAUUAUUCUGAGGAGAAACCAACCAAAUGAACAUUCAACAAGAACUUGUUUCCUUGACAUUUCCUUAGGAAAUAUAUUGCCAUGACUUGUAAUAAUUGCAAUUUGCCUUUAGUGUUUUACUCGGUAUCAGUUGGAAACAACCCUUUAUUUUUGUGUCUACUUAAA